GAUGGUAUUGGGCAGGGACGAUCCAGUUUUCGAUCAACAUCACUCCAGGGGUCAGCCAAUGUUCCGCCGUGCAUGUGAAGACUUCUUGGCUUGGAAGAAGUAAGAAGAAGCAAUCAAAGGGUGUGGAGUGAGAGACUGUCAUGGGGUGCUUCCGUCGUUCUUUCGUCGCGCUAGUCACAACCUGCUCCUCCUCAACUCCUCCCCCAAGUCCGGUCCUUCCUGCCAAUCAUGGAGAAAUGACCUCUGCAGAUGAGCGUCUCCAAUCAGUGCUUUGUCAGCUUCGCUUCUGUUUUCUCUCCCGCUGCACCAACUCUAUUCCCCCCGGGCUUUGGCACCUCUUACACUCGAAUCUCCAGUUGGAGAUGAAACUCGUCCAAAGAACUGUUGCUAGGACCAUGAUGUUGACAAACUCUCUUGGAACAAAGUAAACGACAAUGUCUAUGUAUCCAGAUCUGACUCUAU